CACUACUGCGAAGAAAAACAAAGUUUUUGUUAUGAUUUUACUGCGGCAAUAAUGCAUGAAAUGUGCCAUUUAAGGACUUGAGGAUGCGCCUGCGCCGCCGCUGGCCGCGAAGGAUGCGGCGUGUCAUAGAACAAUUGCGACUGCAGUCUCGCAGGAAGCUGCAGUUCUUCAUGGUGAUUGGAGGACUCUGCCUGAUGAUUUGGUUAACUGCUAACUAUCUCUCUUCAGCCGAUGAGGGCAGAACCGGCGAGUCCAGCAGCUCCUGCAGCGCCAUCGAUGCGGUUUACACCUGGGUCAAUGGCUCUGAUCCCAACUUUAUAGAGGCCAUUCGGCGGUUCGAUUCCAAAUACGAUCCCUCGCGAUUCGAUGACAAGAAUGAGCUGCGGUACUCCCUGAGAUCGCUGGAGAAGCACGCCAAUUGGAUCAGGCAUGUCUACAUAGUCACCAAUGGCCAGAUUCCCAAUUGGCUUGAUCUCAGCUACGAAAGGGUUACAGUGGUGCCCCACGAAGUGUUGGCUCCCGAUCCCGCACAGCUUCCAACCUUCUCCAGCUCGGCCAUCGAAACAUUCCUGCACCGCAUACCAAAGCUGUCCAAGAGGUUUCUCUACCUCAACGACGACAUAUUUUUAGGCGCACCGCUGUAUCCAGAGGAUCUGUAUACGGAGGCGGAGGGAGUGCGUGUGUACCAGGCCUGGAUGGUGCCCGAUUGCGCCCUGGACUGCCCCUGGACCUACAUAGGCGAUGGGGCCUGCGAUCGGCACUGCAACAUCGAUGCCUGCCAGUUUGAUGGAGGAGACUGCAGCGAAACUGGAGCAGCGGACGAAGCACACGUCUUCCCACAAAGCCAGGAAGUGAUCGAAGUGGAAGCUGCUCCUGUUCCACAAACUCCAGUCCAUCGCUUUCCACACAUGGGUCUCCAAAAGCUGUUUAGGCGCAGCUCUGCUAACUUCAAAGAUGUAAUGCGUAACCGCAAUGUGUCCACUCUCAAGGAACUCCGCCGCAUCGUGGAGCGCUUCAACCGAGCCAAACUCAUGUCGCUAAAUCCCGAUAUGGAGACCAGCAGCUCAGAGCCACCGACAACCCAACGCCACGUGCUGCACAAGGAGGACUUCAAGUCCUCCACCGACAUCUACUCCCAUUCGCUGAUAGCCACCAAUAUGUUGCUCAAUCGUGCAUAUGGCUUCAAGGCACGUCAUGUCCUCGCGCAUGUGGGUUUUCUGCUCGACAAGGAUGUUGUGGAGGCCAUGCAGCGACGUUUCCGCCAGCAGGUCCUAAACACUGCCCUUCAGCGCUUUCGGUCCCCUACUGAUCUGCAGUACGCCUUCGCUUAUUACUCCUUCCUGAUGAGCGAAACGCAGGUGAUGGGUGUCGAGGAGAUCUUCGAUGAGUUCGACACGGAUGGCUCCGCAACCUGGUCGGAUCGGGAGGUGCGCACCUUUCUUACACGCAUCUAUCCGCCGCCGCUUGACUGGUCAGCCAUGCGAUACUUCGAGGAAGUUAUUCAGAACUGCACGAAAAAUUUGCGCCUGAAUUUUAAAGUUGAUACAGUUGAACACUCGACGCUGGUCUACGAGCGAUAUGAGGAUUCCAAUUUGCCCACUAUCACUAGGGAUUUGGUAGUGCGGUGUCCACUGCUGGCCGAAGCCUUGGCGGCUAACUUUGCAGUUCGACCUAAGUAUAAGUUUUAUGUCGGUCCAAAGAGAGUCUCGCACAGUAACUUUAUGAUGCUCACCUCGAAUUUGACAGAGGUGGUGGAGUCCCUGGACCGAUUGCGCAGAAAUCCGCGCAAAUUCAACUGCAUCAACGACAAUCUGGAUGCUAAUAGGAGCGAAGAUAACGAGAUGGUGCGCCACCUGCUUGAGGAUUUCUACCUGUCCUUCUUCCCGCGGCGCAGCAAGUUCGAGCUGCCGCCUCAAUUUCGCAACCGUUACGCAUCCUGGCGGGACUAUCAGCGCUGGCGGCGGAGGAAACGUGCCGUUCUGGUGGUGGGUUAUGGAGUGAGUCUGCUGCUGGUCAUCUGUCUGCUGCGCUUUAUGUGCCACCACAAGGCCAAAUUUGUGAGGCGGUGUGUGCAGCGUUUGUAAACCCCAUCUUUUGGGAAAUUCUAUCUUCUGCAAUGUUGUGAUAUGUUGUGAACAUUUUUGUAGGUAUAUAGGCCAUUUCUGCAAGCGAACAUAGUCAAAUCUAAUUGUAGGCCAUGUGUAAGGCUAUUUUUCUAGUUAUAUAGGUGCAUGUUAGAGGCUACUGUUAAGAUUAGUCAUUAAGAGUGAAUAUGUAGUGAAAUUUUUUAUAUUAAUGAGUUAUAGUUGUUUUAGUCGACGUUUUUAGGUUGAAUUUUACCUUAUUUUAGUUACUAAUUGAUAAAUGUGCGGCAAUAGCAAUUAAGCUUAAUAGAAAAUGCUCUCUAUAAAAGUACUGAUGCAAGAUGAUGAAUAUCAACUGAAAGGCUAAUUUUUCUUAGUUCAAAACUUAUAAUUUGUUAAAAAUAAUUUUUAAAAUAAAGUGAAUUCCAAGAUUUACG